AUCGCGGGCACCCGUACAACAACACGGAAGUGAGGGCACUCGCGACCCCUCGAAAUGAUGCGUUAAAGCUCAUAAAUGCGCGGUAAAGCAAGUGCAUGGGUUACAUUUAAUAGAAAAAAAGACAAAGUUCAUUUUUUAUCUAAACCUAUUUUACUUUGACGUCGGGAGUUAUGUCGUCGAAAAGCGGGAAGCCAGGCCCGGAGUUAGCUUGCUAGCUAAGCUUGCUAGCUAGCCGCGCGGGCAAUGAAUGAAAGUGCACGGAUAAUUAUUUUAAUUAGUAAGAAAAUGUACACCUAGUUCAUUAAUGAACGAUAAAGUCUGUGGAUAGUUGAUAAUAUUUAAGAAUAAAAUGGUUCAGAACGUGUUCCGGACCGGUUUCCUAGUUCGGGCCGCACACACUUUGCUGACCUGGGUUAUAACUCUCAUUCUCUUCGUGCACAACACUGAUUUGCGCCAAUGUGAGGAACGCGGCGAGCUUCUACUUCCGGUGCUUUUCUUCCUGCUGGUGGUGCUUUCCGUGCUCUUGUAUUUUGCUGUGUCUCUCAUGGACCCGGGCUUUGUCCUCUCCGACACUGUCAAGGCUUCAGAUCUGGAGACCGAGUCUAUGAUGCCUCAGACUCCCACGGCUCGUCUACGACGUUGUGGCUUCUGCCUGCUGCAGCAGCCAAUGAGAGCCAAGCACUGCCAGACCUGCAAACGCUGCGUGCGGCGCUUCGACCACCACUGUCCAUGGAUGGAGAACUGCGUGGGCGAGAGGAACCAUCGCUGGUUCCUGCUCUACCUGCUGGUGCAGCUGCUGGUGCUGCUGUGGGCGCUGCAGGUGGCCUUGUCGGGCAUCUCUUCCGCCGCCACCUGGGAGUCCUGGUUGCGGGCCAACGGCUUCCUGCUGGCGGCGCUGUGCGUGGCGGGCGUCUUCUCGGCGGUGGUGGCGGUGCUGCUGUGCUGCCACGUCUACCUGGUGUCCAUCAACUGCACCACCUGGGAGUUCAUGUCCCGCCACAGGAUCGCCUACCUGCGGGAGCGCCAGGACCAGGACAACCCCUUCGACCGCGGCGUCCUCUGCAACCUGAGGGACUUCUUCUGCGUGUGCGGCGCCGUGGCGUGGGAGCAGGUCUACCACGGGAACACCCAGAACCCCGUCUGAGGUAACCUUUUUAAAACUGACUUUCUCACCGCCUGGACGCCGCACAUCAGCCAGACAGGAAGUAGAUCACAAACAGGAAGUUUUUGCCGUCAAAAUAAAUGUUUUUAAUCAGACAGGAUGUAGAUCACAAACAGGAAGGUCAUGCCCUCAAAAUAAAUGUUUUUAAUGUUUUUAAUCAGACAGGAUGUAGAUCACAAACAGGAAGGUCAUGCCCUCAAGAUCACUUUUUUUCAUGUUGUGAAUCAGACAGGAAGUAGAUUGGAAACAGGAAGUUCAUGCCCUCAAGAUCACUUUUUUCCAUUUUGUGAAUUUGACAGGAAGUAGAUCAGAAACUGGAAGUUUUUGCCUUCAAAAUGUUUUUCAUGUUUUUAAUCAGACAGGAAGUAGAUAACAAACAGGAAGUUUAUGCCCUGAAGAUCACUUUUUUCCAUUUUGUGAAUCUGACAGUAAGUAGAUUGGAAACAGGAAGUUCAUGCCCUCAAGAUCACUUGUUCAUGUUGUGAAUCAGACAGGAAGUAGAACAGAAACAGGAAGGUCAUGCCCUCAAGAUCACUUUUUUUCAUGUUGUGAAUCAGACAGGAAGUAGAUUGGAAACAGGAAGUUCAUGCCCUCAAGAUCACUUUUUUCCAUUUUGUGAAUCUGUCAGGAAGUAGAUCAGAAACUGGAAGUUUUUGCCUUCAAAAUAAACGUUUUUCAUGUUUUUAAUCAGACAGGAAGUAGAUAACAAACAGGAAGUUUAUGCCCUGAAGAUCACUUUUUUCCAGUUUGUGAAUCUGACAGUAAGUAGAUUUGGAAACAGGAAGUUCAUGCCCUCAAGAUCACUUGUUCAUGUUGUGAAUCUGACAGGAAGUAGAUCAGAAACAGGAAGUUUAGGCCCACAAGAUCACUUUUUUUUCAAUUUGUGAAUCAGACAGGAAGUAGAUCUGAAACAGGAAGUUUAUGCCUUAAAAAAAAUAAACUUUCAUUUUGUGAAUCAGACAGGAAGUAGAUUGGAAACAGGAAGUUCAUGCCCUCAAGAUCAAUUUUUUCCAUUUUGUGAAUCUGACAGGAAGUAGAUCAGAAACUGGAAGUUUUUGCCCUCAAAAUAAAUGUUUUUCAUGUUUUUAAUCAGACAGGAAGUAGAUAACAAACAGGAAGUUUAUGCCCUGAAGAUCACUUUUUUCCAGUUUGUGAAUCUGACAGUAAGUAGAUUUGGAAACAGGAAGUUCAUGCCCUCAAGAUCACUUGUUCAUGUUGUGAAUCUGACAGGAAGUAGAUCAGAAACAGGAAGUUCAGGCCCACAAGAUCACUUUUUUUUUCAAUUUGUGAAUCAGACAGGAAGUAGAUCAGAAACAGGAAGUUUAUGCCUUAAAAAAAAUAAAUUUUCAUUUUGUGAAUCAGACAGGAAUUAGAUCAGAAACAGGAAGUUCAUGCCCUCAAGAUAACUUUUUUCAUGUUGUAGAUCAGAAACAGGAAGUUCAUGCCCUCAAAAUAAAUGUUUUUCAUGUUUUUAAUAUAACAGGAAGUAGAUCAGAAACAGGAAGUUCAUGCCCUCAAGAUCUUUUUUUUCAUGUUGUGAAUCAGACAGGAAGUAAAAGAGAAACAGGAAGUUUAUGCUUUCAAAGAUCACUUUUUUCAUGUUGUGAAUCAGACAGGAAGUUUAUGCCUUUAAAAAAACAACACUUUUUCAUUUUGUGAAUCAGACAGGAAGUAGAUCAGAAACAGGAAGUUCAUGCCCUCAAGAUAACUUUUUUCCAUGUUUUGAAUCAGAUAGGAAGUAGAUGAGAAACAGGAAGUUCAUAUCCUCAAGAUCACUUUUUUCAUCUUUUGAAUCAGACAGGAAGUAGAUCAGAAACCCUCAAAAUGUUUUCAAGUUGUGAAUCCGACAGGAAGUAGAACAAUCCAACAAGAAAUCAGGAAGCCAAUGAGCAGAGAAGAUGUAGAUGAAUGCAUUAUUAUGUUUAUUAAUGCUCUCAUUCAUUCAUACGUUAGUAAGUCUUUUUCAUGAGGACACGCCCCCUCCCCUGUACAGUAUUUAUUGGUGUGGACAUAUUUAUAUUUAUUCAUCGUUGCCGUGGACAACGACUGUGACAAAUAAACAACUUGGGGACCAUU